GAUCCUUGUUGCCUUGAUGAUCCCUCAUCCCUCGCAGGCUCGUGAGCUGCCUCAGCAGAUCCCGCUUGCACCCACAGAAUUCACUGGCGCAUACCACAUAGAUGACGCAGGUUGAAUGGCCGGGCUAUUCCAAGGGAACACGCGGUUGCGUAAGGGCGGACGUGACGUCAACUCCGCAACGAACAUCCGGCACGCGCUGGUGGAGAUGCUGCUGGGGCACAAGCGACCUGCAUCGCUGCAGACUGGCGGCGGCGGCGGCGGCGGCGGCGGCGGCAGCGGUGGCGGCGGCAGCGGUGGCGGCGGCAGCGGUGGCGGCGGCAGCGGCAGCGGCAGCGGCGGCGGCGCGUACGCGCAUCUUGGUAGCGGAGGGGGUGGGAAAGGUCACGUGGAGGAGGAGAGCGCAGCGUCGCCCAAGAAGCGGCGCAAGCGCGCAGGCUGAGGAGCCGGCUGGUGUCUAGGUAGCGGUCCGCGGUGGGGCUGCUGGCAGGGCGUGCGUAGCGGCAUGACAAGUAGUGCGGCUGUUGACAAGUGUGCUGCGUCUGGCUGCGGUUGGCUCUGCUGUGGCAUCGAGAUUGCUAGGCACCUGGUAAAGCUAUGUGCCUGUGGAAACCGACCCUGGCUUUGUCCGGGCGAUUAGGUUGUUCGGCCUCAGACU